UUAAAGGAGUAAGGGUAUUCCGCCAGAACGAAUUACAAAAUAACGUUUUCAACCUCCAUUCUUUUGAAGUCCAUGAUUAGCUUGUCGAAGCAUUUAUAAAUCUUUAGAUUAAAUUGCAUUCAAUUUAUUGCUCAAAAGUAAAGAUGAUCCCAUCCAAAUCACAUAGUUGACGAGAAGAACUUCGUGUCUGAAUGGGAAGUAUGGAGGAGAAGAAUCCAGUUGUUAGUGAGCGUACGAUAUUAAGGCAAAGCACAGACCAAAAGGAAAUACUCUAGAAUACAGUGGUGAAAUGGAUACGAAUUUUAAAAAGAGAAUAAUAAAAACAUUUUCUAAAGAUCGACAGUUAUCACAGAAUAUUUUAAUUGAAUGCGAGCAAAAUACUGGUUUAUGUUCAUUGAUAGAUAGUAUCUGCACCUAUUAUGAAGCACCGGCGGUUAACAGCAAAAAAUCAGAACCUAAAGAGGCAAGCACGAAAAGGAAAAGUCGACUCCAAGGCGAUACUGGAGACUUGGUUUAUGGCGUCUCAGGACUUUCGUUUCAGUCGCCUAUGAGAAAGCGUUUUGACACAUAUAUAUACGAGCGUGGUAUCAGCAUAACUAUACCCGGAGAAGAAAAUUUAGUGGAAUUAUGGCUACCUUGGACAGAUAUUCAUUUCGUUUGUCACAUACCUGGUCCUAGAAAAGCAAAUGUUCAGAACAACAUAAUCAUAUUUAGGAAAAGCAAAUUCAACAAUAAGUCGGUUUUGGAGAAUUCAAGCUCAGAAGGAAAUGAACCCAUAUUUUUUACUGCACCACAUUCUUUGGAAAAGCUCAACCUAGUAGAAGGCAAACGUUCGUUUACUCAUUGCACAAACUCAUGGGAUAUCUUUAGAGAUUUAUUUGAAUAUAUAGGGAUAAGCAUCGUCGCCCCAUCUCAAGAGGAAUUUGUAUGCCCUGUAGCUCAAACCGGGGACAAUGGAGUCUCUUACGGGGUAGAAGCAAAUCACAAAACUAAAGAUGGCUACUUAUAUUUCUUAAAGAAAGGAGUUCUUUGGGGAUUUCGUAAACCCAUAUUGUUUAUCGAUAUAUCAGAUAUUCAAAAUUUUUAUUACAGCAGUGUUUUGCAAAGAACCUUUUCAAUUAAUUUUGAAGUAAGAAACACCAUCAUAUCUUUUGAUAUGAUCGAUCAAAGCGUUUUUCAAGCUUUGAAUCAAUACGCAACAACUCACGGCUUGAUGGAUACUAGCUUAGCAGAAGAAAAAGCAGCACCUCCUACUAAGAAUCCCACAACCUCGUAUUUAAAAGAGGCUGAUGACGACCACGAGAAUGGGUCGGACGAUAAUUAUUCUGACACGGAUGGUCCGAAAGAAGAAGAACAAGAAGAAUCAGAAUCAGAAAAUGGCAGUGAAACUUUGGACUCAGAUGGGUAAUGCAUUUGGAAUGUGUUCAUCAAUAUAGCUCCUUUUCAUACUUUCAUUUCAGAAAGUGUUUUAGCUAUAGAUUAACGAAGUUUAGUCUUUCACGUAUAAAGAGACUUUUUUCAAGGAAUUUAAUCUUAAGGAAUAAGUUGGAAGUAAAAUACUAUUUUUUUGUUAGCUUUCUUUCCUUUGCUACUGUAUAAAGUUCGUCAAUUAUCAGAGAUCAUAUUUAAAGUUCUUUUUUAGAAGCCAAUACUUUUUUAACACGAUUACUCGACCAAUUCCAUUUACA